UCUUUUCUAACCAAUACCGCCCUCUGUUGCCCAGUUGACCUUAUGAACAGUCUUUUUCAGCAGGUCUCAUACCCGGUUACAGAAUAGACUACGGAGGCGUCCCAAUGUGUAUUGGAUUAACAGCGUGUGGAGGACAUGUUCAUUCGGCACUUACUGUCCAAGUCGUUUUUGGGAAACCCUCGUAUUCUGCAACUGCACUCGGUCAUGGAGAAACCUUGCGUGCUGGCGACCACAUUUGGAGCCCCUGGAGCGAUCUACCAGUGUUUCGCCCCUGUUAUUGAGAAGCAUUUCACAGUUAUCCCCCAUGAAGAAUUUGUGAAUAACAAGCAUCACUUUGCACAUAAGAUUAGUGCAGUUUUUGUGUGGGGAGGCGCACUUAAAGUGGACCGCAAUCUACUGCAAAUCUUACCUAACCUGAAGGUAGUGGUAAAUGGCGGCGUGGGUGUGGAUCAUCUCGAUAUACCCCUGAUCAACAGUUUUGGGAUUAAAGUUUGCAAUACCCCUCAUGUUGUGGACAACGCAACGGCUGAUAUAGGCAUGGCUUUAAUGUUGGCAACAGCACGAAAUCUCAUAUAUGGACACAACUACUCUGCCUCUCACGAAACGGAGGAGUGGGAUUUGCCUGAGAGCAGCAUGGGCACGGAUGUCAGUGGAGCCACCCUCGGCAUCAUCGGCAUGGGAAGGAUCGGAUACAAAGUGGCCAAACGGGCUAGUAGCUUUGAGAUGAAGAUCCUGUACCACAACAGGAACCGUAGGAAAGAAGAGGAUGAGAAGGCAGUGGGGGCAGUUUACUGUGAGAAGAUGGAUGAACUGCUGCAGAAGUCAGACUUUGUCAUGGUUGUGGUCAAUCUGUCCCCUGAUACACAGAAGCUGAUUGGCUGGAGGGAGCUAAGCAUGAUGAAGCCAUUAGGCACCCUCAUCAACAUCAGCAGAGGCCCAGUAGUUGAUCAAGAGGCACUAGUACAUGCCCUUCAGAGUGGAGUGAUUCGAGCUGCAGCCUUAGACGUGACAUACCCAGAACCUCUUCCAAGGAGCCACCCCUUGCUGACCCUCCCCAACGUGAUUGUGCUGCCCCACAUGGGCUCCCACACUGUGGGGACUUCACAGCUGAUGGUGGAGAGGAUGGUAACCAAUGCCUUAGCGGCACUGAGUGGGGACCAGCCUACUGAUGAAGUUAAGGCCUAGUGUGACAGAAGUAUUCUGCACGAGUCUGGAAAAAGAACUUGCUUAGUUGACCAUUAAGUUACAAAAUUGAAAUAAAUAAGGUCAUUGCCACAACCACAGCUGGAAAUGUGUUGAACACCCAGACUGUGGUAUUUGCACAUUAAUCAAUAUAUUAUAGGCAGAGUUGGGUAAUUCAGGUCCAGAGAGUAAAAUUCUAAGCCGGAUUCUAGAUUUUCUUUCAACCAAGCAGCUGAGUACUCAGUCACUGUGACUCUUUAUGCUCAACUGGUUGGUUUAAACAAAAUCUUGGUCUGGACUUUUACUCUCUGGGCCUGAAUUACCCAACUCUGUUUGUAGGUAUUAGCAAUGUAUCAGUUGAGGUUUUUCAUUAAGUGAAUUAAAGUUUUGUAAUUUCAGACCAGAUUUUACACUUUGUGAAAGCUUUCAUGGCAUUCUGCACUCUUGAAAUUAAAAUAUGAUGCCUACUUAUCAAAUUUACAUUUUUUUAUUUACCAAUGAAUGCUGUAGAGUAAUCACUAAAUUCUACACAAUCUCGUGCUUUUUGGAACACCUGACCUCAGUUACCCCCUUGUAAAGUAGUCUGUAUAAUAGAACGUUACUCUUUUUGCAUCAAUGACCUCGAUUAAACCCUUUGUUCAGUAA